AUGAGCUGGCUCCUCGAGCAGACAGACGUGGAACCCGCGCAUGUCAUCAGCGACAGCCAUUGGAUUCGGCUGAAAACGACGGUGAGGGAUGCUGACAAGCUUCUGGAUGCGGGCUACGCAUGGUUCCAGCACUGGGACAGCGGCAAGGAGGUCUUAAGGCCGUUGCAAUACUCGCUGCCACAGGACUUAAGAAGCGUGAUCUCGUUGAUAAUCCUUACCAUGAGGCCGGAUGAAUUGAUCCCACAUGGCAAUAGGACCAUUACGCCCAGUUGCAUCAGGGCUCUGUAUAACAUCCCCGCAAACCUGAAAGUCAGCAAGGCCCGGGGUCUCGGGGUAUACGCCUCUCAGAGGCAGGUCGCCAAGUUUGCCGGUUUCGCCCUCUUCGCCCAGAAGGUCGAACCGCCCUCCAAAGGCGUGAACUUUUCCUUUCUGAAAAUCAACGGCGGGACGACGGGCCAGAACCGGAACAGCUUGUCCAACGAUGAACUGAGCUGUCUUGCUUGGUCGCGGAAAUCAAAAGCACGCGAUUUUGAAUGUGACCGCAGUUUCAGAAACAGCAAUAGUUCAACAAUUUGA